AUGUCAUCGUCGCCGUGGAACGCGGGGGACGCCGAUGCGGACCCUGCCAUCAACGCGUGGUCCACGUUCGACGACAUGGUGUGGCUCGAGUUCGGCGCCGACGAUCACAUCGUCCCCGCGGAUGCCGCCAACGCCCACGGGGACUGGUCCGCGGAGAUGGGGAGCGCGGAGGAAAGGGGCGCACGGCCGGCUGGGGAAGGAUUGGGGGCAAGCGGAGACAUGCGGUCGGUUCGCGACAUGGAAACCGACGGCGCGCUCGGGGAGUGGAUGGCGGAGGCUGGGGGGCGGGACAUGGCGCAAAGGGGAGAGGAUGGCGCGCGGAAGGCGGGUAAAGGAGAAGCGGCGGACGAUUUCACGCUGCAGCAGUGCGCGGAGAGGGAGGGCGGAGUGGGGCGAUGCGGGACAGGCUACGGAUAUGGUUACGGGAUGGGUUACGGGUAUGGGGAGUUUGGUGGUGGCAUAGGGGGGGGCGGCGGGGACGAGGGCGCGGUGAUGCGCAUGAUGGACGCGCACAUGCGCGCCAACAUGGGCAUGGAUGCCCGCGGGGGCGCUAGGGGCAUGGGCAUGGGCAUGGGGAUGGGGAUGGGGAUGGGGAUGGGAAUGGGGAUGCAGCAGAGCGAGGUGCGCGACGGAGGGGGGAACGCGCGCGUUGCGGAAGACGCGGACAUGGGGGAAGAGGGGGAGGAGGAGGCGGGGGAGAGGGAGAGGACGUGCGAGGGAGGUGAGGGGGGCGCGAGUGGCGGCGGGCGGGGCGGCGAGGUGGAGGGGGUGGCGGCAGCGGAGGCGGGCGGCGCAGUGGUUUGGAGUGGCGGCGAGUCGGCGGCGGAGCAUAGCGGCCUUGCCCACCGCGCACUCGCGGCACCGGCGCUCCCUUCCAGCUGCGGGAGGAGCAUGGAGGGGCGGGCGGAGGGGGAUGCGGAGGGGAUUGCGGAGAUGGGCGGGGAGAGCGCAAGAGAGGCGACGGCGGAGGGAGAGGACGGGGCCAGAAAGAACAGUACGGGGGAGAAGGGAGGGGGAGGGGCGGUCGGCGGAGAUGCACAAGUAGGGGCGAGCGAGGGAGUGAGGGGUGAAGAGCGAGGCGCGGAGCAGGGUGGGGCGGAGUGGGCGAGGGAGAGCGUGGGCGCACACGAGGGGCGCGCAGGCGACAGGCGCGAGGGGGGCGAGGAUGGGGGCGAUGCAGAGGGGACGGGGAAGGACGAGCGCGCAGGAGGAGCAGCGGAGGCAGUGGCAGCAGCGUUGGAUGGAGGCAUGCGGAACAGUGCGAGCGAUGCGCACGUGGCGCGGCGGCGAGUGUUGGCGCGGCGGCGCAACAAGAGGGAGCAGCGCGCGCCCGCAGCAAGGAAGACCGCCCACUCCGCUGCUGCUGCUGCUGCCCCCGCCGCCCGCCCCGCCACCACCCACCCGCCCCCGCACACUCACUCGCACUCGCACUGCGCCACCCUCGCGUCCUCCUCGCCCACCGUGGCCUCCGCGCCCCCCCCUCUGCUGCGCCACUCCCUCAUCACCUCCCCCUCCGUGCACCCCCCCUCCCCUUCCGUUUCCUCGCUCCACACCGCCACCUUCCCGCGCUCUGUCCCCACGCCCUCCUCGCUCCCCGCACUGCCCUUCUUCCCCUCGCCCGCGCCCGCGCCCGCCCUGCCCGCUGCGUGCAUGCGCCCCCCCCACGUGCCCGCUGCAUUCCUCUCUCCGCCACUGCCCGCCUCGCCUGCUGCCUUCGCCGUGCUCCGCCCCCACGCACCCCCUGCUGCCCUCCUUGCAGCUCGGCAGGCUGCACUGUUGCUGCGCCCGCCUCCCCCGCCCCCACCCAAGUGGCCUGCCUAUGUGCCUGCCGCGCUCAUCCCACUGCCCGCCCACGUGCCUCUCGCCUCCUCCACCCAUGCUUCCUCCUCCACUGCCCCUCUCUCCACCUGCCCCUCCCCCUCUGUUGCCUCCACUCGCCUCUCACCCCGCGCCCUGCAACCUCCGUCCCCCGCUGCCCCGCCUGCUGCUGCAACGCCGGCUCUAGCAGCUUCUGCCCUCACUGCUGCAGCCGCUGCGGCUGUCACUGCAGGCCCAGCGGCUGCAGCAGGCGGGGCAGGCGGGGCGUGCAUGAUGACGCCAGCGGAGAAGAUAGAGAAGCUGCGGCGGCGGCAGCAGAUGAAGGCGGCGCAGAUGAAGGCAGCUCAGGUGCAGCUGGCGUUGGAGCAGCGGAAGCUGGCUCGCCUGCACCACCUGCACGCCGCACACCACGCCCACCACCUGCACGCCGCGCAACAGCUAACGCACCUCUCCCACGUGCAGCAGGUGCAGUUAGAGCAGCAGGUGGAGGUGCAGUUAGAGCAGCAGGUGGAGGCGCAGCAGCAAGUGCGGGCACAGGCGGCAUGCAGGGCGCCACAGCACACCGCUGCCAUUGCACCCGCUGCUCUGCACCCCCUCCCACCCUCCACCUCGCUACCGUUGGCUGCAGCGGCAGCAGCAACAGCAGCAGCAGGCUCAAAUGAAGCGGUUGCAGCGGCAGGGGGUGCUACAGAUGUGCGUGGUGGUGCUGGCAGUGCCACCACCGCAGGCACGCGCCCCCAGGCGUGGGCCCCGCCUGACCUCACAGCUUCUCGCCCUCUGGCCGUGGUGCUCAGCUCCAGCAACCUCGAAAGAUUCGCCACGUCAGCUUCCACGUCAGCUGCUGUAGGGGCAGGGCGAGACGGCAGUGGCGUGGUGGCAUCGCAGAGCGGAGGGGGGUGGCAGCACGAGAGAGGAGGGGCAAAAAAAAACGGGGAGGAGGGGCACGGGGAGGAGGGGUCGGUGGAGCGUGUGGUGCUGGGGCAGCUGGGCGACACCAUGAGCAAGCUGGACGUGGCCACGAGGCUGCUCAUCCGCGAUGCCUUGCUGCGCCUCGCCCACAGUGCCUCCCACCGCACCGCCGCUCCCCCCUCCCCGCCCAGCCCCCCUCCACCUCCUCACUCGCCCUCCACCCACUCCGCCCUCUCCUCCCACACCCACUCCCUCUCCCUCACAUCCCCCUCCCUCCGCCGCCACUUGUCCGAGCCUACACCUGUUGCCAACCGCCGAGCCUCGUGCACAGCUUCGGAGGCGUCGGUGGCACGGAACAGCAGUGGUGGGCAGCACUCCGCGGUGGACGCCCAUGCCGCUCCUGAGAGCAGGGGGGAGGCGGGCACGAACGCGGUGGACAGGGCCAUCGCCAAUCUGCUCUUCCACCGCCCCUCGCCGCCCGCUGCUGCCGCUGCCCCUGCCGCCACUGGGGUGCCCGCCAUGCCCCGCGCUGCUACCGCUUCAGGGGGCGUGCAGGGAGGUGCACGAGAGGCAGUGCUGGGAGGGAGGGCGGAUGGGGAAGGGCUGUGUGCAGCUCCUGCUGCCACUGCCGCCGCGCCCUGUGCUGCCAUGUCCACCCCACACUCUCACAGCGCCUUCUCACCCCGCCUCUCCCCCAUGCACAUCUCCCUGGAGGGCUGCACUGCAGCAACAGCAGCAACAACCACCACCACCACAGUACAGCUUGGGAUUGGUGGGGCGAGGGGAAGAGAGCACAAGUGUCCGAGGGGAAUAGUGGGCGGUGAAUGUGCCGUACAGUCGUGCCUGGCUGAAAGGGCCUGCUCAUCCCUUACAUUGGGUGCUCAUCUCAUGUGCUGUGAUUUGUGUAAGCCCAACAGCAUAGCCUAA